AUGAAUUUAGAAAUCAUUUGUUUAGAAACACCUUUUUACUGUGACCUGUCUAUGACGCAAGAAGAUCUGAAGUGCUGUAUGGGAAAGCAGGUGAAAAUGUAUGAGUAUUGGAUAUUCUGCACAAGCCGGACUGAAAAAAAAUUCCCCCACAAGACUCACUGCAAGUUUGUCUUCCAAUCGAAACUGAGCGCACUAUUGCACAACAAGGUGGCGUUCAGAUAUGGUAUAAUGGUUUCGAUUGGAAAGAAAGACCUAUGGAACCGUAUGAACCUAACCCUAGAAUACGAACCUAUUAUUUUUAGGGUUUGGUCGAAAUGCGCCUCUUGCCAAUCACUUAUAAAGAGGAAUUGACUUAAAUGUAUAAUUCAGC